CCGCCAUCUUGGAGCCACGGCCCGAGGAGGGGGCAAGUCGGGGAAAAGAGAGGGAAAAGAGUCAGGAGCGAGGCGGGCGAGGACGAGGGCGAGGGCACGGCGGGGUCCCGGCCGGCCAAAGGAGGCUCGCAGAAGCAGCAGCCCGCCGCCUGACCGCAGCUGGAUUGUGAAGAUUGAUCCAGGAGACUGCAUUAAUUUUAGGAAUUGAUUGGAAAGACACUGGCUCUGCCACUAACAGCCAUGUAACCUUGGAUAUGGAAGAAAGAACCAGCAUUGCCAUGUUGGUGCCAGAGAUUGAAGAACAGGAGGCUGUGUUAACUGCUGAAGGGGUCCUCAGUCCUGCCUUGGAAGUUGACGAACAAAGAAGAGCCAAAGCAGAUCCUUUGGUCCAUGUCAUCCAGAAGUUAAGCAAGAUAGUGGGGCAUGAAAAGUCGCAAAAAUGUCUUCUGAUUGGGAAAAAACGCCCACGCCCGAGUGUCACACCACGCUGUCUUGAAACCCUAGAGCAUUGUGAGAUUCCAGCUAAAACAACCAAGUCCCCUGCUGCUAAGAUUAGGAAAUCCGAGAUGUCACAAGCAAAUUCCACUGCAGACUCUAUUGCCUCCAUUGAUGGGAAGGCUAUGUCCUACCAGUGUAGCCUUUGUAAGUUCCUGUCGUCAUCUUUCUCUGUGUUGAAAGAGCACAUCAAACAGCACGGGCAGCAGAACGAUGUGAUGCUAAUGUGCUCGGAGUGCCAUGUCACCUCCAGAAGCCAGGAGGAACUCGAAGCUCAUGUGGUGAAUGAACACGAAAACAGUGCCAGUAGCCAAGCCCAGUCCAGCUCCUCCUGCCAGGGAGUCACAGAAAGAAAGAAUGAAACCUUGGUGGACAUCCCAGUGAGCAUGGGUAGUCCACAGACCCAUGCUGUCCAAAGUGCAGCUGUGGCAGAGAUGGGCAAGAGGAAGUGGUAUGCAUACGAGCAGUAUGGCAUGUACCGGUGCUUGUUUUGUAGUUACACCUGCGGUCAGCAGCGGAUGUUGAAGACACAUGCUUGGAAACAUGCAGGGGAAGUUAACUGCUCCUAUCCAAUCUUUGAGAAUGAAAAUGAACCCCUCGGCCUUCUUGCUUCUUCGGUGUCUGCUGCACCUGGUGGGGUCGAUGCAGUCGUCAUUGCUAUUGGGGACAGCGAACUGAGCAUCCACAAUGGGCCAUCUGUACAAGUACAGAUUUGCAGCUCCGAACCACUGUCCUCUUCAUCUCCUUUAGAGGAGAGCACAGAGGAAGGAGUACACCUAAGCCAGUCAGUCACCCUUGACUCUAAUGAGGAGGAAAUGCUGGAGAUGAUGUCUGAUUCUGAGGAGAAUCUGUUUGCUGAUAGUUUGCUCUCAUCAGCACAGAAAAUCAUUAGCAGCAGCCCAAACAAAAAAGGGCACGUGAAUGUCAUUGUGGAACGUUUGCCAAGUGCAGAAGAAACCCUCCCGCCAAAACAUUUCCUAAUGAAUACCGAAAUGGAAGAGGGGAAGAGCCUGAGCUCUGCCGAUGCCCAGACUGGGUGUGGAGGAGCAGGAGACGUCUAUCAUGCUGAUAAAUGUACUGUUGAUAUUGGGGGCUUGAUCAUCGGCUGGGGCAGUGCAGAGAAGAAAGACAAUGAGCUAAGUAAGGGCCUGGCUGCUGAUGAGAAUGCCCCACCAGGACGGAGAAGGACGAAUUCUGAGUCUCUCAGGCUGCACUCCUUAGCUGCAGAAGCCCUUGUCACCAUGCCAAUAAGAGCUGCUGAACUAACGAGAGCCAGCCUUGGGCACUAUGGGGACAUAAACCUUUUAGAUCCAGAUACUGGACAAAGGCAGGUCAGUGGUCCAUUGACAGCAUACUCAAAAAAAAUCAUGUCUCCUCUUAAGAACUCUUCAGAUGGAUUGGCAAGUUUUAACCAAAGCAGUUCCACUGUAGUAGCACUCCCAGAGGGAAGGCAGGAAUUGUCAGAUGGGCAAGUUAAGACAGGCAUCAGCAUGUCCCUUCUUACUGUAAUAGAAAAACUGAGAGAAAGGACAGACCAGAAUGCGUCAGAUGACGACAUUUUGAAAGAGUUGCAGGACAAUGCCCAGUGUCAGCCCAACAGUGAUGGGAGUUUGUUAGGGUCCAACGUGGUGGAAUACAUCCCAGAUGCUGAGCGGCCCUACCGCUGCCGCCUGUGCCACUACUCAAGUGGCAACAGGGGCUACAUCAAGCAGCACCUACGUGUCCAUCGGCAGAGGCAGCCUUACCAGUGUCCUAUCUGUGAGCACAUAGCUGAGAACAGCAAAGACUUGGAAAGCCACAUGAUCAACCACUGUAAAACCAGAAUCCACCAGUGUAAGCAGUGCAAAAUGUCUUUCCAUUACAAGAGCCAACUGAGGAAUCAUGAGCGAGAACAGCACUUUCUGCCCAACACCUUGUCAGUAGCUUCAAACGAGCCAAGAAUUUCCCGUGAUGCCACUGAUGGAAAGUGUGUUCAGGAAGGGAGCAAGUCUUCAACCCAGAAGCAGUAUAAGUGCGAUGUGUGCGAUUACACAAGUACCACAUAUGUCGGGGUCCGGAACCACAGACGGAUCCAUAACUCAGAUAAGCCAUACAGGUGCUCCUUGUGUGGGUACGUGUGCAGCCACCCCCCUUCUUUGAAGUCACACAUGUGGAAGCACGCAAGUGACCAGAACUACAACUACGAGCAAGUUAACAAGGCCAUCAAUGAUGCGAUCUCACAAAGCAGCAGAGUUCUGAGGAAAUCCCCUGGGAAACCCAGCAGUGGAGAGAGAGCUGACCCUACCACAGGCAGUCCAGAAGACUUGGUAUCAUCCUCAGAGCUGACUUCCCAGCUGCCCAGCGAAGUCAUAGAUGCCAGCGAGCUUCAGAAACUGAGCCCCACAGGCAGUAGCUCUGACAUCUCAGGAAGGAGCUGCAGCCUGACUACACCAGGCACUGAGUACUGCGUGCUGCUUUUCUGCUGUUGCAUCUGUGGCUUCGAGUCGACGAGCAAGGAGAGCCUCCUGGAUCACAUGAAAGAACAUGAGGGGGAGAUUGUCAGCAUCAUCCUGAACAAGGAUCAUAGCACAGCCCUGAAUGCCAACUAGCUGGGAGCAUGUGGGAGGGACCCUCUGAACUGCAGAUUAACCUCAGUGCUGUCACUAGCUCACUGGACAUGAGAGCAGGUGGUAUGACUGCUAUUUCAGUGUUUGAGGGAGGAUAUAGAGCUGUGACCCUGUGUGAGCCUCUGUCACCCCUUCUUAGUGUCAAGUGUUUAUUAUUAAAAGCUUACCAUAGUUCAGAAUCUGCAAGCAGAUGAGUUGAAAAGGCCUUGCAGAGCCUCACUGGCCAGCUCUACAGUGGCCGGAACUCUGGUAGGGAAAGGGUGGUCUCCACUGUCUCCAGUAGGCAGCAGGCUGUGGAAUGAGCUUCAUAAAUCAUUUCCCUUGUUGGUAAGAAUUUAUCAAAGACUCAGUGUAGGGUAUGGUCCUUUACUCCCUAAAAAAGAUGGAAGAGGGAUUCCAGAUCACAUCUGAGAAGUUAAUUAUUGUUUCAAAUUUACAGUUACUGCCCAUAAGAUUCAACCAAAUCUCAGGUUCACAGAAAUGGGUGCCUUGGCAGAGGUUCUAUGCAAUGUGAACACUGAGCCCACUCCUCCUCCUCCACCAGCAGCAGCUACUUGACAGCUCCUCCAGCAACUGAGGACAAAGAUGGUAUUGAAUCACCCAGCCAUAAAAAUAACUUGAGCUCCAAGAUAAUGACCUUUGGGGAGGCUGGGUGUGGUGGCACUGGCUGUGAUUGCAGGUUUGAGGCCAGCCUGGGCUAGCAGUACUUGGUCUCAUGGGGUUAAAAAGGAGAUCACUUGGAGAAUAAGAGCUGAAAGUCAGAUGCCUCAAAACUAGUACAGCUGUUGAGCUUUUCCCUUCUUAAAGUUUAUUAGUGUAGUUAAAUUUCAGAGAAUAAUACAGUAUGACUUCAGACUAUUUUAACAAGACACAGGUGGAUUUCUGAGUUUGAGGCUAACCUGUUUUACAUAGCAAGUUCCAGGCUAGCCAAGGCAUCAAAGUGAGACCCUAUCUCACAAAAAAGCUGAACAAAAUUUAAAUUAAAAAAAAGCUAAGUAGUAAUUUCAAAAAGGACUAGAGGGUUGGCUCAGCAGUUAAGAGCACUGGCUGUUCUACAGGAUCUAGGUUUGAUUCUCGGAAACCAUCUGUAAUUCUAGUUCCAGGUUAUCUGGUACCCUCUGGCCCUCAUCAGGUACCAGGUAUGCAUGUGGUACAUAGUCAUACACUCUAAAAAACAGAAUUUUGGAGACUUGAGGGUGUGGCUCACAGUCUAGCCACAGAAAACCAACAAAAGCAAUGUCUUGUCAGAAACACCAUCUGGCAAGUGGCUCGUGUGUUUCUAAGAGUCCAUUUGUUAGCAUGCAAGACAUACUGAAAACUCAGUUCGUUCGUGCAGAAGUCUCCAUCAUGCAGACGUGACCUCAUGUUUUGUGUCAUAAUUUCAGGGUGAGGCAAACAGGGUGUUGCAGUGUUUGUAGUUCCAGUCUCUUAGGUCUGUUCCAUUAAAGGAGCUUCUGCAUUGCUGUAAUGUAGGUGUUAUUUACACACCCAGAGUCGAGGGGCAGCUCCCGGAAGAAAAGGGUUGGCAAGAUUCACAGCUUUUGUUCCUAAAGGUCAAGUGUCCAGGAAAUGAGUUCCUAGUUUUCAUCUGGCACUGGGAGCUGUUGCAUGGGGCCUGGUAUUGGAAACACUUUCUGAUUUGUUUUAUCUUUUUCCCCCACUCAUUUUGAUGACACUAGAGAAAAUUGGCUAAAAUGUUACCACUCUGAUUUUAUUUUAGAUAGCCUUUUUUUCUUCCUUUUUUUUUAAAAAAAAAAAAAAAAAAUAGGGUCUUUCUGUGUAACCUUGGCUGAUUUGGAAUUCACUAUGUAGACCAGAACUCAGAGAUCCACUUGCCUCGGCUUCCCAGGUUCUGAAAUUAAAGACAAAUACCACCAUACUUGGCUGAGGUAAGCUUAAUUUAUUUGUGAAAGUUAAUUCAUUUCCAAUACUUGGAUUUUAAUAAGAAAAUGAAUUUGGUGAUACUAAUUAGAUUCUCCUAAAUUCACUCUGGAUUUAAAUAAAUGUUCUCAUAUUUUCACAAUUAAAUUUAUACAUUUAUAUUUAAAUUUCAUAUUUAUAUUUAAUGCCAAAUGCAAAUAAUUUCCAUGUUUCCAUUUUUAUCACCCAUUGCUGUUGCACACACUAACAGAUCAAUUUUCCAUUGUGCUGUUAGUCUAAACAAUAUUAGCCUUCAGUGAGUUUCCUGUGGCUUUAAUUUUCUACAAUUGCUUAAAAAAUAGUAAUCACCCCAAACAUUCCGCCAUCCCAGCAGUGUGGUUCUUCAAAUGGCACAUCCCGGUCGUCAUGCAAUUGUGAGCAUGAGUUUAGCAUUUCCCCCACCCCAUGGGGGAAAUUAUCCCAAAGGCUCAAAGCCAAAGCCCCCACACUGUCAUCUAUUGCUAUGAGCUCUCUGGCCUGGACAAGGGACAGAGUACCUGGUAUACUGCACACAGUACUAAUAUGCUGCUGCCAGUCUUAGCCAGUUUACCAAGAAGCAGGUUUCAUAAUAACAGAAGCAUGUACGUGCGGUUGUCGUCAAUGGGGAGACACAGGAGUGUGCUGGCUAUUUCUGUGCUCUUUGGCCUGGGAACCCUGUGUCUGUCUUCUGCCUUGACCAGCUGUGGUUCUGUGAUUGAAUGGAGAAUAUUGCUUUAAAGACCCUUAUCAGACUAAGUAAACAGGAGAUGCAGGGGUGAUGGUUGUGAUCAUAUUAUUUUAGGACUUUCUCAUCUUACCCCUUGCUGUGACCAUAGGAAUCUGGCAGCUGCCCCCACUGGCCUGUCAGCCACAUGCUUAUUCUAUUUAUCUGUGACUAGACAACAUGGAGCAGCGACACCACCUGAAGCUUUCGCCCUGGACCUUUCAGUCCUGUUUGAGGGAACCAUUGUGGCUUUGUACCUAUUCUGUUUUUGUCCUCACAAACCAAAUGUGAGCAUCAUGUUUACAUCACACCUCCCCAGCAUACUUGGCUAGACAGAGACGAGCAGGCAUCUCUGUUUCCCAGUUUCACAAACAGUUAAUCUUUUUUUUAAUUGUACAGCAAGGUGCUCAAAAUAAUAGUCUAUAAAUAUAUUUAAUAGAAACUUGAGUUUGACAUUUAUGGGCGUAAAGAUGUGUAUUUUUUUAAAGAAAUAAGUAUUGUGUAACACUAUGCUUUGCUUCUGUAGCCAAAGUAGAGAAACUUCUAGAAUACCACGUAAAAAAGCAACAAAUGAUUCAAACAAAUGUGUCAUUAAAACUGGAUGAUUGGCACUUGGUCAUUUUAUGUUGCACAUCAAGCUGCAAGCCUUAAAGCCAAAACUCUAGGGUUGUUUGUGGUAGAACAGGCCACCUGUGCAGAAGAGUGCAGCAAGCCGCCAGGCAUCUCUUUACCUUCAGAAGUACUGUGCAAAAUUAGAAUAAUUUAUUUUGCUUUACAGGGGUUUGUCAUGUAUUGACUUAAAUAUUGUAUUUUGGUAAUAAAUUUUUUUGUUAAAAACA